UCUUUAGCGACGAUGCGCUGCGACUGUAAUGGCCGCUCCAGGUACUGCCUGCGAGACGCCGGGGGGCUACACUGCGUCGACUGCCAGGGACAUUUUGAGGGUCGCCACUGCGAACGCUGCAAGGACGGCUUCCACCAGCAGGGGACGCUGCCGAGCUGCACGCCCUGCCGCUGCAACCCCACAGGUGCUGUCAGUACCACGUGUGACAGCAGGGGGCGCUGCAGCUGCAAAGACGGCGUCACAGGAGACAAAUGUGACCGCUGCCCGGACGGACCAAUCGGAGCCACCGGCUGCAAGCAGAGCCGUCAGCCCAGACAGGAUUCUGGGAAUUGUUUCUGUUACGGUCACAGUAGCCGCUGCUCUGCAAAGACCGGAUACUCCGUCCACAACAUCACCUCCACCUUCGCCAGCGGUCCGGACGGUUGGAGAGCAGCGACGGCUCGAGGCGACACGCCCCCUGACGUUCACUUCCGCUGGUCUCCUAAACACCAGGACCUGGAGGUGAUCUCCAAGAACAGCCUGCCGGUCUACCUGUACGCUCCAGCUCGUUACCUGGGGAACCGGCUGCUGAGCUACGGUCAGAACUUCUCCUUCUCGUUGCGUCUGGACCGAGGCGUCCGUCACCCGUCCGUCAGCGAUGUGAUUCUGGAGGGAAACGGCCUCAAAGUGACGGCUUCUCUGGGAGAGCUGAGGUCCAUCGUGCCCUGCGGAAAGAAGGUCCACUACAGCUUCAGACUGGACGAGCAGCCCAGCAGCCGCUGGAGGCCACAGAUCUCCUCCGCUCAGUUCCACUCGCUCCUCCAGAACCUCACCGCCAUCAAGAUCAGGGUCACGUUCGGAGAGAAUGGUGAGCUUCCUGUUUCAUACUUCCCCUUCAGGUAUUUCCUGAGGCCUGGUUCCUUUCUUUUGAUUCAAACUCUUUUAUUUCAUAACUCUUUUUAUACAUCAUAUUUCAUCAACAAAUGA